UCGUUAUUCGGGUGAAAACGAGUGAAAGUAAUAAAAAUUUAAAGAAAAAUUAGCUUCGACCGUAUCGAAUUAAAGUGGAGACGAUGAUUGUUGUGUCGCGACUCGCGUCCUCGCGGGCUUCGUAGUUAUGCGUUGAAAUGCCAGUUUUUGAAACAACGAUUCGUGUGUGAGUUUCGAUCGAUCGGAAAAUGUCUGUAUAGAAGGACGCUACUAGCAUGUUACUUUUUGUUUUCGUCUCCACUCAACACGUGGAAUAUUCGGUUGGAGGAUGAAUCAGUGAGGAAAGUUUCACGACUGAAACUCCGUUUUUGCCUCGAUCAAGAACUUCGAUCAUGUCACGUGGGAUGCAUCAUUUUUAGAGGAAAUCAAACAGAAUGCCCUUGAAAGGAUGGAUGAAAUUAUGGAUGUACAUGGAACUGGGUUGUCUCAUUGCUCUGCCGAGUCCAGCUGGGACAGCUCGACCUCGUUUCGACACGUCCACGGACAUGGGACUCGUUCUCGUGCCUGCGGACGCCGAAAUCGAUUCCGUAAUCUUUCGACUCCGGGCGACCGACCAGGACGCCGAUUUUCCCUUGGUUUUCGACAUUACUGCAACCGUGACGCCGAUCGUGAGGAUAGAAAAUCUUCCGUGCACCCUGUACAACAAGGUUUGUCAGGCGAACGUGAUCCUGACGAAGAGACUCGUGCCUGGACGUCUCCACGACUUCGCGGUUCGAGUUAAAGACUCGAAAGGCGAUUCGAACUCCAUGCAAGCCACCAUUUCAGUCACGAAUGCUACCACUCAGAGAGAUAAAAUAUUUCCUCACAUACCUGCCAUAAUUAUGGUGCCCGAGGAUACCAAGCCUGGCAGGGAACUGGAUUACGUAUUGGUGCGAUCGAACCAAUGGAGUGGGAAGCCAGUCUACAUUGAGCUGUGGCAACCGAAAGAACUGUUUACCAUCAGGCAGCGACAGACUCAGGCCGAAACCCGAGGCGUGAUAACUCUCAUAGGUGAAUUGGAUUUCGAGACCCAAUCGAUGUACACUCUGAAAAUGUACGCAACGGACCCUUACACCGAGCCAAAAAAGGACACUCGCAACAUCGCCGGACUGCAUCUGGUCGUCAUAGUUCAAGACGUUCAAGACGUUCCACCGAUUUUCACUCUCGCACCUCCGCUAACGAAAAUCAACAAUACCGUUCAACCGGGUGACAUUAUUUUGAGGGUGCACGCAGAAGACGGAGACAAAGGUGUGCCUCGAGAAGUGACUUACGGUCUUGUUUCUGAGGGCAACCCUUUCACCCCUUUCUUCAACAUUUCCGAGACGACGGGUGAAAUCGCAUUAGCUCGUUCACUCGAAGAACUGACGUUAAUAACUCACGUCGGAGCUCCGGUCGUGCUGAGCGUCGUUGCUGAGGAAAUCAGAAGAUCUACGAGCGAACGACCGGCUCAGGCGAGCGUCGUUGAAGUCGGAUUCUUACUCGGCGAACCUGGAAAUAGUCCACCGUUUUUUGAGAAUGACAACUACGUUGCGUGGAUGGAUGAAAACGCUGAGCCUGGAAGCGUGGUCAACUUUACGGAGCAUUACAUAGCCAAAGUUCGGGACGAGGAUAUCGGCAAAGCCGGUGUUUUUGCUCUCAAGUUACUCAACAACAACGGCACCUUCGAGAUCAGUCCAGCGGUCGCCGAACGUGUGGCAAACUUCGUUAUCACCGUUCGCGAUAACAGUCUCAUCGAUUAUGAGACGUACAAGAGCUUACGAUUCGAGAUAAUCGCUCAAGAAGUUGGUCCGGCGACGAAUCUCUCGGUUACCGUCCCCUGCACCAUCUUCAUCAGGGACGUCAAUGACAAUGCGCCUGAAUUCGAUUCAGCCAUCUACGAAGUCACGCUUUCGGAGGAUGUGCCACCUGGAACUCGAGUGAUUCAAGUCCACGCGACCGACAAGGACACCGGAUAUUUUGGGAGGAUUCAAUACACCCGAAUUCUGGGCCCUGGAAACGAGGCGUUCACGAUCGACCCCAACACAGGAGUAGUCACUGUAGCCUUGGGGAAUAUAAUCCUCGAUCGAGAAAUGACAGCUCUGCUCGAAUUGUCGAUCGAAGGACGAGACGAGGAGGGCAAAGGGCUCCGGGGAACAGUUCCCUUGAUCAUCAACCUCUUGGACGUUAAUGACAACGCCCCGAUCUUCCAAAAAGAAACUUACGAAUUCACCCUGAACGAGGAUUCGACGAACUUCACAAUGCCCGCGCUGAUCAAGGCUCUCGACGCUGACGCCGAACCACCCAACAACCAAGUACGUUACGAAAUCAUUCAUGGGAACUACGAAAACAAAUUUCACCUGGACGAAGUAACCGGAGAACUUUAUUUACGAGAACCCAUCAACAAAGCCAGGCGCACGAGACAUAAUUCAAAUCAAAAUUUUGCGAGCAAGGUUCGCAACGAAUUUUCGAAAGCGAGAACAGCCUUCGCGAAAUCGACGCCCUCUCCGGAACUCGGACCGGAAGCGGACGACACAGCGUCAGACAAUUCAACCAGCGACGAGAACAACAAAAACGAAAAUUCUACUGCGAAUUCUGAAGUGACACGAAUUAGGAAAAAGCGACAAAGUGAUGAUGUUCUUUUCUCAUUGACAGCACGAGCUUAUGAUCUUGGUGUCCCCCACAUGUCCGGGGUGACUCGAAUCAACGUUAUGAAGGGGCCUGUAGCCGGUGCUCGGAUCGUCAGCUUUGUCGUCCCAGGAGAGAAUCCUGAUCCAACAAAAACUGCUGAAACUCUUGCUGCGAUAACCGGAGGUCCUGUGAGCGUUCAGGAAAUCCGUCCUUAUACGAUCAAAGAUGUUCCACAAGGUUCCGGAACGAAUGUGCCGAGUGUCGAUGGCGGAAAAAAGAGUAUCGUAGUUGCCCGCGUCGAAUCGAACAACGGUGGAUCGUCGCUGGUCGACGUGGACAGAAUAAGAGCAGCGUUGGCAGCAAACGGGGUCGGAGUCAUUGGCGGCGACAUGCCCGGGAUGGGUCCCAAAAAUGAAACGAAACCGAACGAUGCUACCACAACGAAUCACAAUACGAACACAGUAACCAACAUAACAACGGUUCACAACGAAGAAGUAACGGUUUACAAAGCGGAGAACAGACUUUUGUUGUGGCUCCUCAUAAUUCUCGGUCUUCUGAUGCUGGCGGCUCUGAUCGCGUUGAUAAUUUGCUGCAUUUGUCCCGGAUGUCCGUUUUAUAUGGCACCUCGCAAGAGAAGGGUGCAUUCGUCGGAAACGCUGAUCCCGCGGUCUGACGGAAGACCGAAGAGGCACCUGCACCGUAAGCACACAAGAUUAUUCCAAGGUUCCUGGCCGGAAAGGAAGCAAGCGUGGAGUGCGGAUCCGAUGCGACGUAAUUGGCAAUUCAACCGGAGAAAUCAGAAAGCCGGUGGCUUGGCGUCGUUGCCCGGUGACGUUCGCGCGAUCGAGAGGGAGCAAGAAAUAGUGGAAAAAGCUGCAUCCCUGCGUUUGCUCCACGGCCCAGUAAUGUACUCGACCAUGGAGCAAAGGAGGAGGCCGGAGGAGGAAAGAAUUUACAUCGAAGACGUUGAGGGAAUAAGAGCUCGGGGCUACAUGGAUUCCUACCGGCAUCAAGAUCCGGAGCGGGGUAUGGAAGUUGCCCAACAGAUUUAUGUCAAUCAGGAGACGGAACAUGCCCAAGUACAACCGCAGCCGAAAUUCAUCAGGGAGCAGCACUUUUACAGAGAUGGCAACGCCGAAGUUUUGCGACUCGUGACACGAGGACCGAUGGACGAAGCGGUGCUGGCUCACGCCAGCAAGAGGCCACACACUCUGGUAAUAGAGCAAUCGGGAGCGUAUCGGAAUGAUGGCAAAGAAAUAUUGCUGCAACGAUUCAUCGAGGAUCAAACCCAUCGACACGCAACCGUCGGACAAGAUUUCCACGACAGCUUCCAGGAUAUUGAAAGGAGAAGCAUGGAGUCCCAUCAACGUCAAAAAGAAGCGAUCGGUGCUCAAGCCCACCAACAACAACCGAAAAUCGUGCUUCUCCCCGAACGAUUGGAGGAGGAUCAUCGCCAACAUUUCGAAGAGCUCGGACCAGAAGUUCAGAGACUGAUCAUCGAUCACGGUAGUUUUGAAAAGGCCGGCUUCGAACCGAGAGAAAACGAAGAAGCGAUCCCAGGCCCGUCACUGGUCAUCGACGCCCCCCCCGGCCCGGAACCCCCGACCGAAAAACCCAAGGAACGAAGCCCAAAGCCGAGCAUCGAACAUUUCUCACUCCACGAUCUCGAGCUCGCACGUCAAAAUGCCCUGCUGACGAAGCUUCUCCUCGGCAGAGAUGUCGGUGGAGGAGCUCUCGUAGACUCGGCCAGUUAUCUCGAGACUCAAAGCUUGCCUGGUCAGGUAGCGAUUGCUACGCAAACAGAUCGAACGACCGCGACUCAAACGGAGAUGCCGAGUCGAAGUCGAAGCGACAACGACGAGUCCGAGGAGGAAGCGAGAAUCAGAAGAAAGCUCAAGUCGAAAAAACGUUACACGGACUCCGAACCGAGACGGAUGAGAACUCUUUGGAUCAAAUCACCCAUCGAAGAGGAAGAGAUGCAAUACGGAUCGGAGAAAAAAACUAUUUUUUUGCGGAAAAAAAUGAGAGACGUCAAAGACAAUCGAAGAGUUUGCCUGGAGCCCGAAGUCCUGCGAGAAAUAUCGGACUCCCUCGACGAAAACGGUGAGCCACCGAUUACUGCGCGUAGAAGAGAAAGACAAGACUCCAAAUCGAAGGAAACUCGCAUCGUAGAUGACAGCGAACGAAUUCCGGACUCAUCCUCGAUGGAGGUUGAACCACAGAAAAGCAGAAAAAUUGAUUCGGAAGGGAAGGAAAGGAAAGAUCGCCCUGGUGACGAUUCGAGAACGAAAAGCCACCGAGGAAUGUGCGAAAAUAUCGUUGAACCGAGCUUUCGAAUCUUGGAAAAAGAAAUAAACUCACUGAGCAAGAAACUGUCGAAACUUACCGGGAAAAAAAUGCUUCGGUACAGCAACGGUAGCGAAACUGAUUGCCAAGACAAAUCCAAGCCAAAGGCAUCGAUGACUGCUAAGAAAAUUGACAAAAGAACGGACGCCGAUGACACGAAAAAAGUCACUAAAAAAGCAGACGCUUCGAAAACGAAGCGGUCCAAGUCGACACAGCGAACAGUCACCACGGAAAGCCCGUCAACGAUGGAAAGAAUUGACGUUUACGAAGAAACCACUGAUGGCAGAACCCGGCAAACAUCUAAAACCCGAAAGAGCCAAAACAUCAGCACUGGCAGCUCGGAUUUUGAGGAAACUAUGGAAAAACUGAAAAAAUCAAUCCCACAAGCUACGCACGCAGACAAACAGAGACAAGCACCUGCUAAAUCCUCUUACGUCAAGUUGAAAAGACACGCGAGGGUAGAGCCCAAAGAUCUUGCCAAAUCUCCUCUGAGCCCGCUUUCUCAAGAGACCGGGGACGGAAGAGACACUUCGGAUACUGGGGCAAAAGGGUCCAUGAAAGCUUACAAGAAUGAGAGGAACUCGAUGCGAAUGAAAAAGUACGGCACGGGGACGAUCGAAGCUCAAUCCGGAGUGGCCAGCAGCAGUGCCAGUUCAGACAAUUUCAAAGACAAAAGAGCCCUUAAAAGGGAGAAACUCGUGCUGGAUAAACCGAGCGCUGCUGUCGAAGUGAGGGAUCGAAAAACAAUAUUAGAAAGUCCAAGUGGCAGUCAAAUCUCCGAUCGUCUGAGAGAUAAAAAAAUUCGUGUCAACGAAAAGUCUACGACGGAUAAAAAGAGUCCCGGAGGGGAUCGCAUCGACAGCAAAUCCGAAUCCGACCCCUCGGCAAAUAGUCCAAAUUCUGACGACAUGAAACAACCAAGUCAGAAGAAAUCAAAGUCGGUACUCGAUAGAAAAAAUGCGGUGGAGGCUGAUGAAAGGAAAUUUGAAAUCGAGAAAACCCCCCGCGGCUCAAUCCCAAUCACAGUCGAAGUUGGAGAAUUGCAGAGGGAAGAAAAAUUCGUUACCAGUGAAAAGAUUGUCGGAGCAGUCGAAGGAAAAAAUGAUUUGGUGCCGGCCGAUGACGCCUCGUUCUCGAGCCCGUCGAAAAAUAUUCCGAAACACAGGGAGGAAAAAAUUAUACCUGUCAACACAAAUUUCGUUGAUCACAUCGUCGCCGGGGCUGAAUCUCAAUUGAAGGGUCGUAGUCCAAGCAUAGACGAUUCGAAAAAUGCGAGUCCAGGCGAGAAAGAAGACCAAUUGUCGAGUCCGGAAAGCGUCCCAGAAACUGGUCGAAAAGAGUUGCACGACGAACGAAAUACUGGCGGAACUAUGGACCAGAAAGCGCAGUUCGAAGCAUCGAGUGACAAACCAGUGACAGUAGAAACCCAAGAUGAAAUUCUUCAGAAAAGCAAAACUCCAGUACCCCAUGAAGGAAUUUCAAUCGAAGUUGAUGAAUCAAUCGGACAACUUCCACCAGAGAGCAUCCCACAGCCCAUGCCUGAAAAACUCGUUCAAGAAACUUUCCCAGAAGCGACUACGAUAGAAAUUAAAGAGGAAAGUCCAGGAGUCCGAGAACUCGUGCAAAAGUCUGUGUCCGAGGCGGGAGUCGUGCAAACUGCCGAGAACUUGACGGACCAUCGUCCAGAGGUCGUGCCCGAAACGACGAGUCCGGAAAAGCCUGAGGAAGAGAAGCCAGAACCUCAGGAUAUGGAGGCUCAUGAGGAAGGCAUCGAAGUACCUAAACAAGAGAUCGUCGAAUUUUUAAAUCACGAAGCCGAAGACAGUGCGCAGGCUCUGCAGGCUGAAUAUGAGUCGAUCGCCAAAGAAGCAGAAAAAAUUGUCGACAUCCUUCUUGAAUCAGUGGUGAUGGAGAGCAUGGAGGAAAAGCAGCCUGAGACAGCUGACAGUGAACCGAUGCACGAACAACUUGCUUUAGAAUCUGCAGACGAUUUGAACCUAGAACAAAAAGAUUUGAAAGAACUUAAAGAGCUUGAGAGCAAAGAGGAGCGAGGGGUCCAGCAAUCUGCAGAUGGAGGGGAAUUUUCUGACAAUUUUGACAAUUUCUGUGGUACCGAUGGCUUGAUAAAAGACUCUACAACUACGCAGGAACCGAACGAUGAAAUACCUUACGAGCUGCUGUCCUCGGAACCCUCGGAAGAGCAAGUCCCGACGGCCGAUGCGAUCGAUACGAAGGACGCGGAUGGUGACGAUCAAGGAAAGACCCAGGAUGAGCGCGUGGAGGAAUCAGACCCCCCUCGGAUAACCGCCAAACAGGAGACGCAGGAACCUCAAGAAGUAACUCCGACGAGACCGGUCGCUGAUGCUUCUGAUUCGACGACUCUGGAAACAACGAGAAAAGCUAUGCCAUCGAGUCCUUCGGGUGAAUCCAAAGAAAAAUUAGGAACUUGCGCAUUGGAGGAAAGGGUUGAUGCGCCAGAAGUGAGCGGUUCUCUGAAACAGUCAGAAACAGAAAAAAUCGGUGAGCUUUUAGCGAAAGAACACGUGCACCAGAUCCCAGUAGUGCCGCCCCUGAAGAUAGAGCUUUUGGACGAAGCAGUUUCUACUUCUGCAGAGCCACAUGAAGAAAUACUCAAACCUAAGUCACCGGGGCUUUCGCCCAGAAGUCCUGGAGAGCUCGCCCUCGAAAUACCAUCACAAAAGGAAUUCGGUAUCGCCGAUUCCCUGUUCGUGGGUGCUAAAAUCGUGACUGCGCCUCCGAGCCCACGAAAAAUUGACGAUGAAACGAAACCGGCGACACCUGCGGGGGAGGGAGCACAGGACAAAGUAACUCACGUGCCUCCCAUCGAUCUUGUGGAAUUGUCACGCGCCAUGUUAGAGGAUGCCGAUGACAGCGACUCCAGCGAAGCUUCCCGUAAGACGAUGUUGACCGCGAGACCUUACGGAACACCUCGCCAGCGACCGGUGUCAGGGUCCGAAGAUAUCAUGCCCGUGGAAGUGGCCGCGGAUGCAAUACCCUCUGAAACGUGUAACGAUACGAUUAAAUUAGCCGAGUUUGAAGCAAGUCCAGAAAUGCUAGAGGAACGCGUGCCUGGCGAUAAAAAGGACCUUGAAUCUGAACUUUCCGAGGCAGUGACCAAGGAAGAGGGGACGAUUGAGGAUAAAUCAAGCUCGAUCAUUCCACAAGGUACUAUGACGAGCGAAGCCACUCCAAAGAUACCAGAAACUGACGUACCGAGCCUCGAUCAAGGGCCCGAGACUACUGCACAGCGGGAGGGUACGAAGAUCGAAACAACGGAAAAGGUACAACUUUCUCAAAUACAACAAACAAAUUUACCCGCUGAUCCUGACGGCUUCGCUUCUCUUCCAGAAACGGGUAUCCCCGUUAAGAGUUCAGAUGAUGCAACAUCCCUAGAUGAAACAUCAUCCGAAGGGAUGAACAAGUUUCCGGAAGAGUUAGAGAGCAAAGAUUCUGAAAAAGCUGGCGACGAAACACCAGGACCCGGUGACUCGAGUUCUCCGUUGAAAACCUCGAUAGCGAGGGCACCCGAGCCACGAACAGUUACUGAGGAAACAGGGAGAUCGGAGCAACUCCCCACCACGAGGGUUUCGACUCAAGAGCUUGAAGCGAAGACCCCCAAAGAAGCGGAUAAAAAAGCGAAGACGGAGGGAGCCAUGAAAAGGGGGAAAAAGGAUGUGAAGCAAGCAGCUUCAGGUAGUGAGGACUCGUCGAAAGGGACGAAGAAAACAACUCCACCGACGAAGGCGAUUCCACCGAAAAAGGAGCGACCAACAAAAACGCUGAGGGAAGAGAACGCUAGAGCUGUGAAACAGACGACGGUCGUCGAGCAGCCUGCGCGUACUCGAGAUACGAAGCAACGUGCCUUGCCUGCAGAGGAGCAAGCACCGGAUCAAUCGAAUCGGUUGUCCAAACCCGAUCGGAUGAAACGCGCGUGGAAAAAAACGGAACAUCCCGAGAAAGACGCGACUCAAAAGGAAGUCGCUAAGGUAAAAACGCUCCCGAGCAAAGACAGCGAUAAAUCUGUCGGUAAAAAGAGAACCGAGGCGGCAGUCAAGCAGGAUAAAGCUAAAAGCCUUCGUGUUAAGAAGCCUCAGGACAAGAAAGUAGAAAACUCGAAAAUCGGCCUGGAGAAAAAAGUCGAAAGGUUGGAGCUCAAGAAAAUUGAGCAACAGCCAACAGCCGGAGACGACGAGCAAGAGCUCGAAAAAAAAGCGAUUUCUGAGGGUGUUUUACCGGCGGAAGAAACAACAGAAAUGCAAACAUCAAGCGAGCCCGAAAAAUUUGUAGAAAACGACCACGAAGAGGGUGGAAAAACACCACUGGAAGUGUCGCCACCGCCUGUUGAAAGUUCCGAAUUUUCUGAAGUUGCGAAAACCGAAUCUCAGAUUUCUGAAGAAAAAUCAACCGAAGCAGGAGUUGCAGCAGAACCCAUCACAGAAUAUACUGGAGAACAAGAUUCAAUAGCGUCAAAUGAACGCGUCGAAAGCACCGCCGAAGAAAAGUCAGCUCCGGUUGAAACGAUUGAGCCGGUUGCGUCAAAUGUGGGUGAACCAAGUCAGCAGGAAAUAGAACUACAGAGUGUGAAUCUUCAGUCCGAAGACCAAAAGCCUCCAACUGAGGACGCCAGUGAAACUCAGAGUUCCGAAGGCACUGAAGAGUCUCAAGACAUUGGAACUAGUUCGGAAAAAGUGCUGGCUGAAAAGACCAGUGACAACGAAGCGGAGGGCUCUACUGAAAAGAAACUCGUUGAAGCUGCUACUCCAAUUGACGAAUCUUCGAGAACUCAAACAACUGAAAAAAUCGAAACGAAAAUAGAGACCGGAAUCGAGAGAGGGCUGACCGGACAGCCGAGCGACAGCGAGACCGGGGACGCGAGUGACAAAAAGGUUCCAAUAAUCGUCUCGAUCGAAGGGGCUCCGGAUGUCCGGGAAACUGAAAAAUCCAGUGACGCGGAAGGGGAUUCGGCGGUGGAAAAAAAUCCGCCAACUAUUGGAAGCCAGGAGAAAACUGGAAAAUCCCAGGAGGAAAUAGAAUCGGAGCGAGACGCGGGUAAAGCGGAGGCUCCAGGUACCGACGACAGCAGAACCCUGGAUUUGGUGGAAGGAAAUUUGAACACAGAGGGCGCUCUGCCUCAGGAAGUUAAGGACAGCAAGGCGCUUGGCUCAGCGUUGGAGAAAACUGCGAAGACGAGAGUGCCCGCGGACAAGUCCCCGAGUCCUCGGAAGUCGAGGAAAGUUCGCAGAGAGACAGAAACGACGGUGAUCGAGGGCCAGUCGAGGUACAUGGAAUGGUACAAACAGACGCGGGAGGAAAUGGAGCGUAAAAGGCUCGACAGAAAGGACGGUGAGGAUGAGGAGGUGCGACCCAAGUGGCUGCGAAAAAGAACGCGGCAAAGAUGGAUCAAAGUUGGUCCCGAGGACAAGAGAAUCUUCGACCCCCAUUUGUCAGACAUAACGCCAGCCCGUAGGAAAAAAAUAAAGCCUCUGGUGAACGUGGAGUCCGAGCAGCUCAAAGCGAUCGUUCGUCAAGGUCGCAGGCUCCGGAAAGCUCGAGGCGAAAGCGCCGAAGAGCCACAGAUCCAAAUAUUUGCACCGGACAAACCGCCGCCCCCGUUGCCCUCGAUACCGACCGGCUCGCGGUGCCAUCAUCACCACCAUUUGAUUCAACACUCCGAAUACAAAUACGAGAAAAUGCCUUUGGCACCGUUCUAUUUGCAUCCUCAGCCUCCGCCCGACGCAGCCUCGCAACUGAAGCCACGAAGCUUCGACGAUCCAUGUCCCGAGGGAAAAUACUCGAGUCUUCCCACGGAGUCUCGGUGUCCUAACCAAGUUUACGAUCCCGGUGUCGCCCACGAAUCGCUGCCAGGCGCCAACAAAUUACGGCACGGCGAGCUCUUGGAGAAAAAGAGUGUCUUUGACAUCGCCUACAGCGAAGCGGCGCCCUCGCAACUCCGCUCGGAUAGCACGACUCCCCCGUCGUGAGCGGCAUCUGAAAAAUUCGAUUCUUUGUUUCAUACUCUCGGGAUAUUAAUCUCAGUAUAUUUGUAGCUCAAUGUAUUGUAAAUCGAUUAAAUGUUAACUUUGUUAUAUGCCAAAAUGUAAUGAAUGUAACGCGCAGCGAGUGUUAGUUUUCAAGAAUGUUUAUUCGAAAGUGUCGUUGAGUCGAAAAAAACGUACGAAAGGUAAAAUUAAUGUUCAUCACUGCCGUAAAAGAGAGCGCGGACAUCGCAUCGAUGGCGAAUGUUUUUUUACACAGCUCGAAUAUGCUACGGUGGAGUUUUUUUGUGAUUCGGGGCUGACGGUCUAUGAAACACAUCGACGAAUGCAAAUUUGAGGUUAGUUUUUUGUAAAAUCAUGUCUCGGAGCAUAUGAUCGAACGAUGCGAAAUCUGGUGUACAAAUAAAUAAUCGUUUUUAGCAUAUCUGAAAGCCUGUGAGCCGAGUAUAAUUGUAAAACAGUGUUAAUUCAUAAUUUGUAAAUAAAAAAUGUAUAAAAUAUGAAA